AUGAGCUUAUCCUUCUCUUCCACAAGAAAUGGCAGCUUUCUGCUGCUGGUCGUUCUCUUGGUGAUACCAUCGCCUGCUGCAGGAAUGUGGCCGCCCCAAAUCGGAUGGUUCUGCCCCGGGUUGGUGGAACCCCUUCUCUGCGUCGGGAAUCGAGCCGAUUAUUGGAUCGAGUCAACAUGUUUGGCAGAAAACACGACAAGUAUGCAGGUUCUGGCAGAUUUCUAUUUCCUCACAGGCAACACCUACAAGACAGGCGCCUUGUUUGACUUGGGAUGGCUUGAUGAUUGCGACUAUUGUAACUGGGCCGGUGUGACAUGCAAUGGUUUGGGGGAAGUUACUGGAUUAGAUGUUGGCGGAAUGGAUCCUCCCCUAGUCAACAAGAUACCGACCGAACUUGCUUUCCUCCAGAAUUCUUUGAAAACUUUGAUUCUCAGCGCCAACGAAUUUGAAGGUAAAGUACCGACGGAACUUGGCCUUCUUUACAACCUUGAACGAAUGGAGCUGCAUUACAAUGACCUGAAGGGCAGCAUGCCGGAAGAAGUAUGUCUCAUUGGGGGUUUCAAUGGAGGUGGCUCAAAGGUUUAUGUCUCUGCCGAUUGUGGACGUCCAGACCGAGAAUUCAAAUGCCAAAUGUGGACAUGUUGUGAUGCGUGCUACCUCGAUUCGAUGCGUGGCAUGGAUCCUGUUGAAGCCGCAAUGUUGGCUCAGGGCGGAAUCUCCCCAUGA